CGCCGAGCGGGCUGACCCGGACCGGACCGGACCGGACCGAGCGCACAGCACCGACCGCACCGCUCCGCUCCCGCCCCGGCCGGGAGCUCCUGGCCCACCAUGACCUUCAAGCAAGCGUCCAUGAUGGCCCCGGAGGCCACGGCCAGCACGCUGCCCAUGAGCACCAUGGAGAACUCCACGGAGGCUGCGGGGCCGGGCGAGAGCAAGGAGGACAUGUUCACCAAGCUGAGGGACAAGUUCAUGAAUGAGCUCAACAAGAUCCCCUUGCCACCCUGGGCCCUCAUCGCCAUCGCUGUUGUGGCCGGACUCCUCAUCCUCACCUGCUGCUUCUGCAUCUGCAAGAAGUGCUGCUGCAAGAAGAAGAAGAACAAGAAGGAGAAGGGCAAAGGCAUGAAGAAUGCCAUGAACAUGAAGGACAUGAAGUCAGGCAACCAGGACGACGAUGACGCAGAGACGGGUCUGACAGAGGGGGAAGGUGAGGAAGAGGAGAAGGAGCCAGAGAACCUGGGCAAGCUGCAGUUCUCACUGGACUAUGAUUUCCAGGCAAACCAGCUCACAGUGGGGAUCCUCCAAGCUGCUGAACUGCCAGCUUUGGACAUGGGUGGCACCUCAGACCCUUAUGUCAAGGUGUUCCUGCUCCCUGACAAGAAGAAAAAAUAUGAGACCAAAGUGCAGAAGAAGACCCUCAACCCUGCCUUCAAUGAGACCUUCACCUUCAAGGUGCCCUACCAGGAGCUGGGUGGGAAGACGCUGGUGAUGGCCAUCUACGACUUCGACCGCUUCUCCAAGCACGACAUCAUCGGGGAGGUGAAGGUGCCCAUGAACACAGUGGACCUGGGCCAGCCCAUCGAGGAGUGGCGGGACCUGCAGAGUGGAGAGAAGGAGGAGCCAGAGAAGCUGGGAGACAUCUGCAUCUCCCUGCGGUACGUGCCCACGGCCGGGAAGCUCACUGUCUGCAUCCUGGAAGCCAAGAACCUGAAGAAGAUGGAUGUUGGGGGCCUCUCAGAUCCCUACGUGAAGAUCCACCUGCUGCAGAAUGGCAAGAGGUUGAAGAAGAAGAAGACCACAGUCAAGAAGAAGACCCUGAACCCCUACUUCAAUGAGUCCUUCAGCUUUGAGAUCCCCUUUGAGCAGAUACAGAAAGUGCAAGUGGUCAUCACAGUGCUGGACUACGACAAGCUGGGGAAGAACGAGGCCAUCGGCAAGAUCUUCACGGGCCUGAACUCGACGGGCACGGAGCUGCGGCACUGGUCCGACAUGCUGGCCAACCCGCGGCGGCCCAUCGCGCAGUGGCACUCGCUCAAGCCCGAGGAGGAGGUGGAUGCGGCUCUCGGCAAGAACAAAUAGUCCGCGGACAGCUCACCCAGAGCUCUGAUACCUCAGUUCUGCACCCUUCCUUUUGGUUUUUGUUCUGUUCCAAGCUGAAAUGCCCUUCGAUGCCUCUGGAAGGGUAUCCAGGCAGUCCCAAUCGCUUCCAGGGGAAGAGGUUAAAGACAUGGAUGGUUCUUUUUGUUCUUCGGCAUCGCUCCCUUCUGCUGCAUGUCCCAUUGCCUCUGCUCGCCAUCCCUUCCCAGAGCAAAGCCAGCAGCACACCUGGGGACCUUCCCCAGCAGCUGUGUCACCAGCCUGCAGCAUUGCUGCCACCAUCCUGCCCUUGGGAUCACGUGGGGAACUGUGGAAUAUUGUGUGGAGGUGAUGCUGGAGCCUGAUGGUGUGAGAUGACCAGUCCCACUGUGCUUGGUUGGGGCAUGACCAGCAGUGAGACAGAAAAAUGGUGCAAAGAUCCUCUGAAGAGACCCAGGUGCCUCCCCUGAGGGCCCCUGGCCAGCUCCAGGCUUGGGUUCUCUGAGGAGAGGCUU